CUAGCACAUAUUUGUGUUGCUGGAAGCUGAGAAUAUGCCAAGGGCUUCCUGAAUGCUUCAACAGAUCUGGCUUAGAGCUCACAAGUCCAUGCCUGAGUAAAGGGUUGACUAAAAUUCUGGGCAACUCAAAAUGAAGCAAUAUUCAACCAUCCAGGGAUUAAAAGCAAUACGAGGGUAUGAGAAGCAGAGGAACUUUUUACACAUAGACAACACUCAAAUCUAAGAGAAAAUCUGACCUGGUCUCCGUCAAGGUCUUCUUCCCCUGCAGUCAUGAAGGACCGCAUGGAGGAGUUGCGUCAGCGAAUGAAGGCCAGCGAUAAGCCGAUGGACAACAACCCCUUCAGCGAGGAGGAGGAGGACAUGGACCCGUCCUCGCUGAUAGGCCUACAGGCUGUGAUCUUCGAGGCAGAGCCCAUCCUGGAGAACUUCCUAAAGGAGGCUCAGAGCAUUCGUGACAGCAUCGAGGAGCUGAACUCUGAAAUCAGUAAGUUCAGCCAGCAGCAGAGGAACUUUUUGGCCACCAUCAGGCGGCUCAGCAUAAUGAAAAAGGAGAGCAGCAUGACACGAGACAUCAAGCUGUUGGCCGAGAGCCUGCAUAAAAGGUUAGAUGCACUUUCCAAGCAGGCCAAGCGAACCGAGGCCGAGCUGGGCCCAGACGUCGCCACGUCCCGUGUCCAGAAGGCCCAGCAUGCGGCCCUCUUUCGCCAGUUCCAUCAAGUAAUGCGCCAACACAACGACGCGAUCCUGAGCAAGCAGAACAAAUGCAAGCAGUUCAUCAUACGGCAGUUGGAGGUAUCGGGUCGCGAGGUGUCCGAAGAUGAGGUGGACAACAUGAUAGAGCAGGGCAAGUGGGAGAUCUUCAAUGAGAACAUCAUAGUGGAUGCAAAGAUCACUCGUACCCAGCUCUCAGAGAUCGAGCAACGCCACAAAGAGCUCCUGAACCUGGAGAGCAACAUGAAGGACCUGCGAGAUCUCUUUCUAGAUGUGUUCAUGCUGGUGGAAGAGCAAGGCCACCAGAUCGAGAACAUAAAAGCCAAUGUGGAGAAGACGCAAGACUAUGUAGCGGUCACGACGGAGAAGUUCAAAAUGGCUGUGAGAUACAAGAAGAAGAACCCUCUCAGAAGACUGUGUUGUUGUUGCUGUCCUUGGUUCAGAUAGCAGGGCAAGGCUGGCAGAGUAAACUAUGGGAAUGUUGCCCAUUUACUGUGCUCUCAAGGACCGAAUACACUAACUGCAGACAUUGACCUCUGUCUGAUGAAGAUAAAAAGCAAGGGCACAAAGCAGUUUUGGACAAUAUUAAAACAGGAAGGCUCCAUUCACUCUUAAAAAUGAAGGUUCCAAAAGGGGGUUUUCACAGCGAUGCCAUAGAAGAACCAGUUUUGGUUCCCCAAAGAACCUUUCAGAACAGUUCUAAAAAGAACCAAUUUUCUUAGUGUGAAGAACAUUGAAUAACAUUGAAUAAUCUAAGAACCUUUUUCCACUGUAAAGAACCUUUUGUUGAAUGAAAAGGUUCCAUGGAUGUAAUUAAAGGUUCUUUGGGGAACCAUUGAUGCCAAUAAAGAACCUUUAUUUUUAAGAGUGUAGCAAUGAAGACUUUUAACUGGGUGUUGACAUGGAAUACAAAUGGUUAUAUAAAGAUUUCACAAAAGGUUAUUAUGUUUUGUUACAUCACAUAAGUUAUGUAUGAGGUAAUCAAAGGUAAACUUAUUUUGUAUUUUGUUAUUGUGGAAAAGGUGCACUAUUUUGGAAGUUGCCAAUUUAUUUAACUGACUUCAGUAUUAUUUUAAAUUUGUCAUUGUUAAUAUUGUCUGCUUUAUGUAAAUCAAAUAUCUGAGCUAAAAAAAUCAAAAAUUCUGUUAUAAGAGAUAAGACUAAGCAAAUACGUCCUAUAUUUUCAAGCAAAAGGCCUUCUGAACGAUUUCUGCAAGUCUACAUCUAAGGGAGUGUUUACACAACACUGUUUUCACUAAAAAUAGAAAAUUUUUAUGCACUUUGGUUGUUCAUUUACAUAAACAUGGCAUAUUGGGGGCCUGGAAAUGCAAACUUUGAAAUUGUGUUUCAAAUUGCAGAUUUUUGUCAGAUAUUGUCUCCCUGUAAUCUACAAAAACGCGCAGUGCAUCUGAAAUUGCGUCAGAGUAGGUAUUUGAAUUUGAAUUUACUCCACAACCGUUAAAAGAGUAGAUGCACUACAUCCGCCAUGUUGUUACUGUCACAGAAUGACCUACUUGCGUCAGUUGCAUUGUGUUUAGUCUAUAUAGGAAUGCGCAUGUGUGCAGUGCGUAGUGUUUCUUUACGAAGUGACAACUUUUCAGUUUUUAGUACAUCGUUGAUGUGUGUACUAAAAAUGAAGAUUUUUUCUUUGAAUUUGUGAAAAGUUUGGCGCAUAGAGGACAACGUUCACGUGGAUCCGUGAAAAUAACUAAAAACGCUGUAUUAUCCAUGCCAGGCCAGUAGAUGGCAAUGCCACUUUGUAAAGAAACAAAGUGACAUUUUUUUUUUGUAGAGACGAUAAAAACUUGCACUUUGAAACCUGUUUUCAAAACAAAAACUGUUGUGUAAAUGCCCCCAUAAAGGUGGGGUCACAUUUAUUCAUUAUUAAUCCAUUAUUUCAAUAGACCUUAGUCAGAUUAGACGUGGAUGAAAAUGAGGCUGUGAGGGAUAGCCUUACUGUACAGUCUUUACAGUGACCGACACGCACUUGAUCAAGAUAGGCUACUAGAUCACAUAUUUUUCACCACUUUCAAAUCUGUUUUGUGGAUGUUUAUUUUUUUUAUUUAUUAUUUUAUUUUUACAGCUGAACAAUCCAUUGCCUACUAUGCAGUUAAACAACAGUACAAUCCAUUAAGCACAUCUAUUGCUUCGUUUCAGUCAAAAAAUAAAUAUGGUGCUAUACCCUCGCAA